AUGAUACAAACUUUUCGAAAUCGAUCAUUUCAACCGGUAGCCGAUAGAGAUAUGAAGCGUCGUCGAUAUCGUCUAAUGCGACUAUGCCAGUUCCCCACACAAUCUUUACCAUCCCAUAUUGAUCUUCGUCGGUGGAUGACACCUGUUGAAAAUCAACAGGACUAUGACGCAUGUGUUGCUAAUGCUUUUGCUGGCAUAAUUGAAUAUCUUAUUCUGCGUCGUACUGGUCUUCAUAUUGAUGUCUCUCGGAUGUUCAUAUAUUAUAAUGGUCGAAUGAUUCAAGGUCGAAGUUGGGCAGUAUCAGAUGAUGGUGCAUUAAAACGAGAUGCUGUAUUAGGCUUACGAAAAUUCGGUGUAUGUCAAGAGUUUAUCUGGCCAUAUGAACCUCAAAAUGUCAACAAGACACCACCACCUCAUGUGUAUGAAGCAGCAAAAGAAAUCACAGUUGUUCCAUUGAAAAUUCCUCGAAAUUUACCCGCAAUGAAAACAUGUUUAGCUAAUGGAAUACCAUUUCUUAUUGGCAUUAGAGUGAACGUGGACGAAACCUCUGACGAAGCAAAACAAAAUGGUGGUUAUGUGUCUAUGCCAGAUCCAAACGAUCCUAAUUUGCAUUUAUGGGGCUUCCAUGCUGUUAUGAUUGUUGGUUACGAUGAUCGAACACAAUAUUUUAUCGUACGAAACUCUUGGGGAGCUGACUGGGGUUAUUUCUUUAUUCCAUAUAGAUAUUUAUUAGAACGAAACUUGGUUAACGUUAACGAUGGUGUCUGGGCUAUUAGUGAUAUCAUACUUCGCCUAGGUCAAUUACCUUCUGUUCGGCGAAUGAUGCUUCCUGGUCACAAUUAUGAUGCCCGAAAUCGACAUGAUCGAGUUCGAUUACGACCUAGAUACUUUUAA